CCAAGUACUCGCACUGAUGAAUGACUUUGAUGUUCGCCUGGCUGAAGUGGCGGACCUGGAUGGGAUUAACAAGCUGAUCCGAUCGCCGGGUGUCAAGUGGUUCGGCAAUAUCCGUCCCAAGUUUCGGGGCAAGGACACCCUGUUCCAUUCCUAUCAGACCUACAGGAUGUUGGCCACCUGCAGGCAAUCCUCUAAAUUGGUGGCCUACGCCGAAUUCCGGAACUAUCCCUCCAUCACCGCCCUGCCCACGGAUUGCUGGCUGGAGUGGCUGUGCGUGAGAUACUGCUUAACAUUGUCUAUCAGCUGGCUGAAUGCUUUGUUCUUCAACUUUUGCAUCUACAAGAGUGAGGCAUCAGCGGUUCUCGUAGAAAUCGUGAAGGAGGUGCUGUACAGGGAAAACAGGGUGUGGUAUCUGAUCGCAGUAAGGCCUCCGUAUGUGCGACAACCCUCCCAUUUCGUUGAGAGUUACGAUGAUUUGGAAAAAAUAGCCCAGGUGAUUUACCCUCAGGAGUUUAGCACGGAUAAGAACUCUAACACGCAGUCAUUAUAUAUUGUGCAAAGGUUCGAUCUACUGCCGAGGAUUUCUUACCGAAAGGCACUCCCCGAGGACAAUGAUGAUAUAAUUGAACUCCAAUCAGUCGAGAUGCCCGAACUGCGAGAGGAGCUGGGCGAAUUCUAUAUUGCCGAGGAGGUGAUGCGACAGGAUGCCGAUGCCAAGAAGAGCCUGCUCGUUGUGGCUGAGACAACCAACCAGUGCCAGGAGACCGAGAUGGCCCUCUUCCUGUGGCUGAGCACGGAUAUAGAUAUUAUGUUCUAUGUGUGUAACUACGAGGUGGAGCAAUUGGGCAACCUGGUGAAGCCCGUCGAUAGACAGUCGUUCCACUAUGAGACUAUUACGGUGUCCUCUGUCCAGCGAAGAGCAGAGGCCAGCAUGUUCACCACAGAUGCCCUGGACGACUUGGAUGCCGUGACCAUUUUGGGAGGACUGCAGAAGGUUGACAGCGGUAUGAGCGUGGCCAGCGUGGGUAAAUUGAAGGUAAGCUCCAUUGGUGGCACAAUUGACGAUACGGUCGCUGCGAGCGAAAACAAGUUUUACAUGCGUGAAUGCCUGUACUCCAAGUUCAAGUACAUCCUUGAGAAACUUCACAGCCCCGAGUACUAUUUGCGGCACGAGCACAACGUGAUAAACUUCAUAUAUCCCGCCGGACUGGAGCCUGCAGGUCAGGCAGCCAUGGAGGCGGCCUCCAACGUAUUCAUCCUGAAGUGUUUGGUGGCCCGACAGGACUUUCCCCUGCCCCGCCUCUUCAACGCAUUGGUAGCCAUGUUCUGCGCUUAUCCGGAGAGGGACUAUUGCAUGAUGCUGAUAACCUCGAAGAACAAGGCCAGCAAGAGCUUAAUGGAAUUGUUGCAGUACUUUAUGCCAGUGGUCUCACGACCAAGUAAUGUGUGCGACCUCGACGAUGUGUACAUAACCCAUCGGAGUACCAUCUUUGGGGAGAUUAGCCUGUACAAGCUGGCAAAGGAAGAUGUUUCCGUGGUGCACAAAAUGGCCCUGGGAAACUUGAAAAGUGAGGAGAAUUCCCCCGAAUCUAGCACCAGUAGCUUCUCGUACUGCUCCAAGGUAAACGAACGGGCGGAGUUGGAUCAUGAGCUUCAUGUGCUGGAUGCAAUAAUGAAGGAUGUGCUGGAGAACGAGUUCAGUGAGUACGCGAUGUUCACGAUCCGGUGUGGAAACUCCACGAGAUCGGCCAAGGAGAACACUUCGAUCGGGUUUGUGGUGCUUCGACAGUUCCACAGCCAUGACAAGCUCUUCGAUCACUACCACCUGCCCAGGCACGACAAUCACUUAAAUGGACGACGGGCCGAGAUCAUAUCUCUGCGAUUGCAUCCACUCUUCUUGGUCAGCGCCGAUCUGAUAUUCAGGGAUUUGGCCAGAAAGACCAACUUUUACGACUUUUACUUUAUCAGUGCCUUUGAAGGUUAUAAGUACAGCAACGAUCUGAAGAAAAUGAUGAUGGUUAUAGAGCCGAAGCCCGUUAAGAAGGCUCCGGUUUACUCCGAAGCCAGCGCGGAUCUGAAGAAGCCGAUGAGCCAGUUGCACCUGCCAGUUCCCAAUUUCUCCAAGGACUAUCUGAUCAUUUACCGGCACAAACUGAAUCCGGUUAAGUGGUUCACCAACAGCAGGAAACUGGUCAUAAUCGGUUUCAGUGCAGUGACGAAGGCCUUUCUGCGACAGCUAGUGUUCCAGUGGAAUAGCAGGGACCACAAGAACUCGGAGAACUUCACCUGUUUGAGUCGACUUCAAGUGACCGUUAUUUGCAGGGCGGGUAUCGUGGAGGCGGAAUACGACAAUCUUUUCAAAUGUCCCUAUUGCACAAGCUCUCUUGGAUGCUAUCUUUCCUACCAGAACCAAUCCUGCUUUGUACGGGAUUGUUGUUUGCGCAUGGACCUGCGGCACUGGGUGCACUUUGUGCCCGGUUUGGUGCAGCAGAUUAAUAGAGAGAAAAAGGUCGUGAAGCUCGAGUCCUGCGAGAUUCACUACGAUACCCUAAUGCUGAUGUGUGACCGGAUGUUUGAACUUCGUUCUCCCGAAAUGCCGAUGAACGCACACCUGCCCAGCAACCUCGUCGAGAUCAACUACCGCCUGAACAAGUUCCUGCUCUUCUACAAGGUACGGGCUCUCCUGGAGGAGAUGCCACGAACCUACUUGGUCCUGGUAUACGGUGCCAAUUUGUACACCUAUGAGUGCAUUGCCUUUUUGAUUGGCCACGGGGUCGAUUGCUCGCGUAUGAUUUUUGUCCAGCCUCAUCGCUUCACCGGCAAGGCGGCGGAUGAGAAGGAAAAGAAUCCCUACUGGGACAAAAACCUUCAGCUCAUCCUGGACGAUAUCCUUGCGGAUAAGGGCGUCUCGAUCUUUAUGGACUACGACUUUCACCACUACAACCUGCACAAAUCGUCGGACUUCAUUAUGGAGGUGAUAUUUCAGCAUUUUCCCAGUCGAAGGCAGGCGACUUUCGAAUGUGACCUUUUCAUCUCCUUCGAGGAGGGACACCUCCACCAUAGGCACAAACACUGGCUAAGGGCUGCCAACAUCGAACUGGAUGGCAAUGAUAUCCUGGUAAACGAGCAAUACCAGACCAACGAUCCUGAUAUCUAUGCAGUGGGCACAUUUGUCAAGAUCCGAAGGACGCCUAAUUACCAGUACAGGUUUGUCAGUGAACGGGAGUUGGCCCGUAAGAUGUUACACUAUUUGGGCAUUGUCAUCCAGAAAGAUUUUGAGGAUCGAUUCUCGGAACCUCUGCUCUUUCAGGCCAUUCUCCCGAUGCGAUACUUCAUCACAAAAAUCACCAUGCCGCGGAGAUAUCUCCAAUCGCAUUUGAAUGUCAUGGCCAAUUGCAAUUUGACCACGUAUAAGAAUAAAACCUUCUGCCGCGUAGGAUUAUCCACUCAUAUGUUGGUAGAGGAGAUCGUGGUUGUGACUAAAAUGGAGUGCCAUUUGGACUUCCUGCUGCACUUUUGUGGCAAGCACGAGUUGCUUCUGAACAAACUCAAGUCGCGCUACAAGGCCCACACGAUUCACAAUUUUCUAAAGUAUUUUCAAGAGCCCUGGACUCAGUUGAUCAUGCAUGAGAGCUUCCAGGACCUUCAGGCGGAGAAUAAAGAAAUGCUUAGUCCCAUGGCCACUUCCGCGCUAUCGCGAGCUGAUCGUGGAGCUUUGGGGGAUGUAACCGAUAUGGAUUUCUACACGCUCAACAAGCGCUACUUGGAGCUCAAGCUCCUCUCUUUCCUCCGGGAGCAUCGACGGGACUUUCGCCAUCCAUUUGCCCUUCCCGAGGAUUUUCUUAAAUUGGAUGUGCUCGACUUGGAACGUUUUGUGGAGACGGAGGAGGAUGAAGAGAAUGAUGCGUCUUCAGACUCGACAGACACUUAGUUUUCCGAAGCAAAGCAGUCCGUUUCUGUACUUUCCGAUUUCCUUGUGCAGUAGUGCUCCAACUCAAAUACACGUUCAACUAAAUUUGUUUA